CAAUAUGGCCUCAGUCUUAUCAUCUUAUUUAAAUCAAUGGGUUAGAUCAGAAGCAAUCUAAAAGCAAUCUGGUUAUCAUUAUUUUUAAGCAAUGCACCCAGCUCUGGACAUAAUUAUAUUUCCUCUGCGAGACAGCAGAAGUGAACGCCACUGACAGGAAGUCCUGAGUUUAACCCAGUUGUAAGCACAGGAACUCUACGAUGAGAGACCGUCUUCAGCUGCUGCUCUGCAUCUCAGUUCUGCUGGGCUCCGGUCUGGGCUCCUGCGAUCCCGUCUUUGAUAUCAAGGACCCAGCGUUUAUUGAGGAAUGCGUGAGAGAGCACAACAAGCACCGCUCCGGCGUCAAGCCCACGGCCGCAGCCAUGCGCUACAUGUCGUGGGACGAAGGGCUGGCGGUGACGGCGCGGGCUUGGGCUCGCUUCUGCGUUUUUAAACAUAACAUCUACAUCAGGGACGUGAAAAGGAUGCAUCCCACGUUCACAUCCGUGGGAGAGAACCUCUGGACGGGAGAGCUGUACUCCUCGUUCAAACCCGAAUCCGCAGUGAAGAUGUGGAAAGACGAGGACGUCCAUUAUAGUCUCGACGCCAACGCGUGCACAGCGGGCAAAGUGUGCGGCCACUACACACAGAUCGUCUGGGCGGAUUCGUACAAGGUCGGCUGCGCGGCUCAAGCCUGUCCCAACGGCGUGGCUCACUUCACCACACGGCCUGGAGUCAUAUUUGUGUGUAAUUAUGCCACGGCAGGGAACUAUGCCGGGGUAUCUCCGUAUAAAGCAGGCGUCUCAUGCAGCGGCUGCGGAGGAGACCGCUGUCAGGACCAGCUCUGUCGAAACCCUGACCGAGACGCGCCGCAGAGUUAUAACUGGACUCCAGACUGGGACCCGGCCCUGUCUUCCUGUAACUCGUUCUGUGUGGCGGUUGUGGUGAUCAGACUCGUAUCAAUCCCGCUCAUGUUUGCCUGUGUUUACUGCCUUCGGCGUCAUUAUAACUUGUUUGCCUACGAGUGAACGGGCCUGAACUCAACAGAUGAACUACUAGAUGAAGUCCAGCUCCACUGAAAGUUUACUAAACCAUAACGAAACAAGACGCCUACUGUAUAACCUAAAGAGGGGGUUUACGUUUAAAUCAAGGGUGCAUUUAUUUGAUCAAAAACUGUAAUAUUGUGAAAUAUUUUUACCAUUUAAAAUAAUGGGUUUCUAUUUUAAU